AUGGCUUUCCAUUUGAGUUUUAACUCAAUAUCUUUCAUUUUGAUGUUGGUCACGGUCGUUUUUUUGGUAUUGUCAUGUAUCACGUCACCGGUAACGUCGUUUAGUCUAGGUAGUACAUCAAGCUACAAAUAUGGGAUAUUUGGGUACUGCCAGAACUCAGGAUCAUGCUCGAGUGCAGGAUAUCCUUACCAGCUCAGUAAUCUUGAUAGAUCCGCCAAAUGGUUUUUAGCACGUUCUACAAGAGAUACUUUAGCUAAGGUGUUUAUUUUAUGUCCUAUUGCUGCAGGACUUUCGUUUAUCUGCUUAGUGUUUAUUUUGUUAUCCCAUUUUUUGUCGACAGGGAUGAUUAUUUUGACACUUAUUUUGAAUAUUUUGAGUUUUAUCGCGACCGCCAUAAUUUGUGUUAUGGUGAUCAUUACGUUUCAUCCGUACGUUGAUUGGGCUGGAUGGAUUCUUGUGGGUGCUGCUGCUGCUAGUUUGAUUUCAGUCGCGUUAAUGAUUGCUACAUUGUUCCAUAGGAGACCAGACGCAAGUGAUGAUGACGACGGUGAUGAAGUUGAUCUCACUAAAUUUGACAAUAACUUUAACACAGCUGGCGGAAUUAGUCUUACUAAUCCACACGACGAAACAAGUUCUCUCAGUAAAGAUUACCAAUUCAAGGUUCAAAGACCCCCUCAACAAAAUGUAAUGGGAUCCAGUGUCAGUAGUUCUAGUGUUUAUGAGUCGCCACAAUCUGCACACGAUUUUACUAUGCAAAAUAAGCAAUCGAGUGCGUCGCUUAAUGGUAAUCAAGGUAAGAAACCGUACUACGAUGAUGCUGCUGUUAAUUUGGUGAAUGGUCCAAAUACUCCCAUUCAAACAAGACAGCAAAUGGCACCAAACGUAGUACCAACAACUGCAACUCCCACAAUGAACGAUGCGCCUAUGUCGACCAUUCCCCAAUUACCUUAUCCUAAUAAUUCACCUUUGAAUAAGCCAGCUUAUAAUCCAACUGAUUUAAGUGUCUUUGAACAUCAUCCGGUUGUCGAGGGCCACAAGCCUUUCACUGAACUUCCAGAUGAUGGUGUGAACCAGCACCAGUUCCAUAGAUCUGAUGAAUUAGAUUCAGAUGUGGAUUCAGAUUUCACAAGUGUCUCGCAAAGGGCUAUCAAUCCAAAGUAUAAUCCCCAUCAAACCGAGCAAUCGUAUGGACAAUAUCCUCAACUGCAACAUUAUCAACCUCAAUUUCAACAAAACCAAACGUCAAUGCCACCUCCAAAUGCCCAACAGCAAUAUUAUUCUCCUCAACCACAAUUUUAUCCGCAAGGUCAAGCUCCGGGUGCCAGACCUGCUCCAGUCCAAAAGAGACCAACUGUAUCAGACAAUGUUUUAUCAAAUAAUCCUGAUUUUUCAUUAGGAUUAGGGGGAGCUAAGCGUAAGGGAGGUUAUCAAAAUAGACCUGCCGGUACUAGACCAUUUGGCAAUAUGCCUCCUGGUGGAAGACCUGUUGCUAAUAGGCCCCCUCCUAAUAGGUAUAAUCAACCGCAGCUGUCUUUCCCUCAGCAAAACGCCAGAUCUAAUGAUAGACCUACAGCCUCUAAAGAUAGUCCAUAUGGAAUGAUCUAA